AUCAUCGGCUACUGUCACAAAGGGCUGAUGUCACACGUGUGUGCGGUGCACAGCAGGAUGCUUCUGGGCAAUGGGCUCAGCCCCCGGCCCCUCUGGGGAGCUUGGCCAGUGCGAGGGAACAGCCAGCCUGGGCUGAGAGGGAGCCUUGGUGGGGUGGGCAGUGCACAGCCCAGGCUGUGGGUGCCCCCGGAGAACCCCUGCUGCUUCCUGGGUGCCUGGCUGAUAAGGGCCCCACGUAAGUCCCAUCUUUGCAGGCAGCGUGGCAGUCGCUCAGUGUCAGUGGACCAGAGCAUGUUUGAGAAUGCCAGCGCCAGCACAGCACCCACCCCACGGCCACAGCACGUCCCUGCCGCGGCGGGCGCCCCACUGCAGCCCUCCCGCCCUGCCGGCAGCCAGCACCUCCGCAACCUGGGCAAGGCCGUGGGGGCCAAGGUGAACGACCUCCUGCGCCGCAAGGAGCCGGCCAGCCUCCCCAGCGUGGGAGUGAUGGAGGUGAAUGCCAGCGCUGGGGCCAUGCUGGGCACGGGACAGCCGGCCAGCGAGGAUGGGGCCGUGGGGCUGGACACCUUCCCCCGGCUGGACCCCCCACCCCCCGUCACCAAGAAGCGGACACCACGCGCCCUGAAGACCCCGCAGGACAUGCUCAUCGCGCCGCAGGCAGCAGGGACCAGCACAAGGAGCAGCACGGAGGAGCUUCCUGAACUGCCUGCAGCCCACCCCGACCCCGCAGAGGAGUGGACGGGGACGAGGGACCCAUCCCCUCCAGAAUGCCCUAGGGUCCCCAGCAUGAUCAGCAGCCCAGAGCUGAGUGGGGACCAGCCCACCACUGCCCUCCCCGUGCCCGACCUCAUCCAUAAGGGCAGCCUGGAGAGCCAGUGGCGAGCGGGCGAGAGGGCCACCGAGACCUCACCCCGUACAGAGAAGCCCUCCCGGAGACCUGGGCUGGAGCGUGAGCCACCGGGGAGCACAGCGCAGCCGGAGCCAUGCACCCCCGGCCGGGAGGUGGAGGGCCCCCAUCCUGACCUGCUGUCCUUUGAGUAGCAGUGGGGGAGCCACGACGGGGACACCGUGGGGGCUGGCUCUCCCAAACAUGUCUCUCACUGCCACUUGCCGUUUUUGGGGUCAUUAUUUUGCAGAGAGGGAAGCCCCAGGGUGGCAGGAGCCAUUGCUGCCCUAGCAUGGGGUGUGGGAAGCUGUGACACUCCAUUUCUCCUCAGAUUCCCAGGAGGGGCACAGCCUGUCCUGCCACAGUUUCUGCAGCCCCAUCCCGGGCCUGUUCACCUGUCAUUGCAAAGCUCCCGUCCUGCCAAGGUGCCACCAUCCUGCCUGCAGCCAGGGGCCACGCUGAGCUGGGGACCAAGGGUGAGCUUGCUCAGCAGCAUGGUUCUCAUGCAUGGGUGCAGAAGUGCCAGCCUGCCCCCAACCCUGUCAGCUGUGGUGGGGCGAGUGUCCCACAAGUGUCCCCCAUGGUUGCCCACAUCUGGGCUGGCUGCCCCAGCCUGGAGCGUGUCCCAGCUUACAUCAUGUGCUUGCUGAGAUACCCCGUCUUGGUGUGCCAGCAGGUUCACCCAGCCCUAGUGCCCCGUGCCAGGGAGCCAGCAUGGCAGACGUCCCCAAGGCCUUCUCCAGGUGCCAACCCCUUGGCGUUAGUCCUACCAGUGCCAUCCCUCUUUGCAGCGGACCCCCAGCCGCAGGAGACCUGCUCACAGCACGGGCUCUGGCAGGGAGCAGGGCUGGAUGCCUGGGGCCGCAUGGCUGCUGGCCAGUGGGCUCUGGCGGGGAGUUGAGCUCCCCACGAGAUCCCCCUCCAGCUUCCACUUGUUUCCUGGUCUCACCCCAGCCACCACCGACCAGGCUGACCUGCCCAGGCAGGCAGCCUGCUCCGUGGGGGCCAGCGCCACCACUCUCCCUCAUUUCCUGGGAUGGUGAUGUCUUUGCGAGACUGGGACACAAGAAGCCACGCGGUCCUGAUACUGCUCUGUGAUUGUUCCUCCAUGAAUUACAGGAGAGGUUAGCCAGCCUGUGGACCUCUGGGCCGGUGCAAGGAAGCAGCCGUGAGAUGGCACUUUGCUUAGAGCUUUUAUGUGCAUCCUCACUGCAAAGGUGGUUUUGAGAGGACAAUCUCCAAAGACCAGUUUUGGGCUGGAGGAGGCUAGGGGCUCACGGAUGGGGCACCUCUGCUCGCAGCUCCUCCUGAGCCACGCAGGGUGGUUGGGCUGAAGAAAUGUCUUCCACCACCCAAAGCCACGUUGUGGUCCUGCUGAAGGAAGGAGGCCGUGAGCGUGGAUCCCUUUGCCCUGGGAGCAGCCACCAUGCCCUCCCUGCCUGUCAGCGUGGUGGGUGCCAUGGCGGCACCGGGGCUUUGCAGCGCUCGGCCCCUGGGAAGGUCGUGCUCGAGAGCGAAGGGGCCGGCAGAGCCGCAGGGAGCCCGCGGCCAGCUGAGGUGUAACACGCCCUGCAUGUACUGUCAUGACGCUGUGCAUGGCCGAUGCCACCCCACAAACAGCAAUCUAUAUGAGUAUGUAUACGUGUACGCUGCCUAGACCUACACUGCAUGCUAUAUGUUGACGGAAACAAGGGCUCGUAGCCCCUCUUUGAGGAACCCGCAUUUUCCAACCCUGCCGAUCACAAGGGAACCUCGCUGCUGGUCCAGUCCCUCUAUUUAUGUUGUCUAGGGCGCGUGUAUAGUUUGGGACAAAGGAUGCAGGUUGCACAA